AGAAGGCUAGUCUUGCAUGUUCUUCAUUCUUAUGUGAAAAGAGGGAAAAAACUAUUGCAUGGGCACUAUAUAUGAUCAUGAGAAUGUGAGUCUUGCCUGUUCUUCAAUGCAGACAAAGAGAAAUAAUGGAUUUCCAGAGCAUUUUGGUAGCAGCAACAGCUUUAUUGGUCGCCUGGGCUUUCUUUUUACUACUACCCAAAUCAAUCCGUCAUCGGAAAAACCUCCCGCCGGGGCCUUUUCCGUUUCCGGUCAUCGGAAGCCUUCACUUGCUUGGAGACAAGCCGCACAUCUCCCUUUCCCGUCUCGCCGCAAAAUACGGGCCGGUAAUGAAUCUGAAGCUCGGAACCGUAAACACGGUGGUCAUUUCCUCCCCCGCCGCGGCCAAGGAGGUUCUGCAGAAGCAGGACUCAUACUUCUCCGCCAGCAGGGGAGUCCCAGACGCCGUGCGAGCCCACGACCACCACCGCUACUCCGUCAUAUUCCUCCCCGUGUCCCCCGAGUGGAGAGCCCUUCGGAAGAUCUUGACCUCCAAUAUCUUCUCCGGCAGCAGACUCGACGCCAACCACAAGCUCCGUGACCGGAAGAUCCAAGAUCUGAUCUCCUAUUGCCGGAAGAUGAGCCGGGAAGGGGAAGCCGUAGAUAUCGGCCGGGAAGCGUUCAAGACGACCCUGAAUCUGCUGUCGAACACCAUCUUCUCCAAGGAUCUGUGCGACCCGGACUCGGAUUCGGCCAAGGAUUUCAAGGAUCUGGUGUGUUCUAUCAUGGUAGAAGCUGGGAAGCCCAACCUGGUGGACUAUUUCCCGGCUCUGGGAGUGCUAGAUCCCCAGGGCGUACGGCGUCGCUCCAGCCGACAUUUCGGUGAUGUGCUCCGGCUAUUCAAGGAUCUGAUCGAUGAGCGAGCGGCGGCGCAGGGGAAGAGAGUGAGCGGCGGCGGCGGAAGAGAUGACGAUGAUGAUGAUGUAUUGGAUUUGCUCCUAGGGAUCGGCCAAGAUGGCGAAGCCCUAGACUCGAACCAAAUCCAACAUCUUUUCCAAGACUUGUUUGUUGCUGGGAGUGAGACAUCGUCAAACACAAUAGAGUGGGCAAUGUCAGAGCUUUUUAAGAAUCCAGAGACGAUGGCCAAAGCUCAGUCGGAGCUCAAAGAGGUCAUUGGAGAAGGAAAAAUCAUACAUGAAGCCGACAUCACUCACCUCCCUUACCUUCAAUGCAUCUUGAAAGAAACUUUCAGAAUGCACCCACCGGGUGCUUUCUUGAUUCCCCGCAAAGUUGAGCAAAAUCUAACACUUUUCGGGUACACGAUUCCCAAGGAUUCACAGGUUCUCAUCAACAAUUGGGCAAUUGGGCGUGAUCCUAGUGUCUGGGAGGCCCCAUUAGCCUUCAAACCAGAGAGGUUUUUGGAGUUGGGAAUAGAUUUUAAGGGGAAGGAUUUUGAGCUGAUCCCGUUUGGCGCUGGGAGAAGAAUAUGUCCUGGCUUGCCAAUGGCCAUGAGAAUGAUUCCUGUGAUGUUGGGGUCUCUAUUGAACUCAUUUCGAUGGAGAAUUGAAGGUGGUGUUUUACCAAAUGAUUUGGAUAUAGAAGAGAAAUUUGGCAUUACCCUGCCUAAAGCUCGUCCUCUCAGAGCCAUCCCUAUUGCCUUGUAAAAUGUCUCUUCCUAAUGAUAUCACUAGUGUGCUACCCCAUGCUUCGCACGAGUUGGGAAUGUGGGCACGUAUUUGUUGUUUUUAAAUAAGUUUUUGUGUUAUAAUGAUGAAAUAGUAGCCCAAUAAUUUGUCUAAAUAUGAAGUUGUUUAAACAUUCAAAGCUAGACGCUAUGUAUUGUUCAAGGACAUGCAUAAAUGAGAAUGUUUUUU